GACAGUGUCACCCUUGUCCCAGAUCCCACUUUCUUUCGAGCUGUUCCCUUCGCCGACUGCUCGUAUCUAUCACAAUGGCGGCCCAAGCCAAGGACCGGCAGUUCCUUGCUGUCAUCGGAGAUGAAGACUCGGUGACUGGACUUCUUCUCGCUGGUGUUGGUGUAAGCGAUUUCAAGAACGCUAUAGCAGCCGACAUGUCCGAUAGUGAACUAAUCGGCUUUCCAAAGCAUGUCACAGAUCCCCCCGACUCCCAAAGGAAUUUCCUUGUGGUAGACUCCAAGACCGAAACCUCUACGAUUGAGAAAGCGUUCCAAAACUUUACUCAGGAAAGAAAAGAUAUUGCUAUCGUUCUCAUCAAUCAACAUUGCGUUGUCGUGCUUACGGGAGAACAGGUUGCAGAGCGCAUCCGCCACAGUGUUGAUUCCUUCGCCGAUCCAUUUCCCGCCGUCCUAGAAAUCCCAAGCAAGGAUCACCCAUACGACCCCGAGAAGGAUAGCGUGCUUAAACGGGUGCGGCGUCUGUUUGGAGAGUAG